AUGGAUUCAGCAACAAAUGGUCAAAUCAAUCUUUCAGACGACGAUUCUUCGGGUUUUGAUCACAGCGAUGGCGAAGACUCUCUCUCCGACCGGGAGAAUUACAGUGGCCUCCCUGCGAUAACGCCUAUUCCCGAGUCACGGUUCCGGCGCAACGUCUGGAGCAUUGUCGGUAGCAUUCGAGGAACCCUUCGAGAUCUAUACGAGUCUAUCAGCAACGCCUCAUACCAGAGCUUACGACCUCACGGAUCGACUGUAUCAGUACAAUCGCUCUCGGAUUGUUCAGAACGAUGCGCGACACAAAGUUGUUUUGCGACAUCGCUUGGAGCGAUGCUCUUGUCUUCAUGGGUCAAUAGUCUGCUCAUAUUUGUGGUCGCUGGUACUGUGGCAUACAUGGCCAAUGCAGGUCCACUGUUGACAUUUACAUGCAACGCCAUUGCAAUCGUACCCUUAUCCGCACUACUCACAGACUCGACAGAGGUAAUCGCAGCCAAGGCAGGUGAUACAAUUGGGGCAUUACUAAACAUUACUUUUGGAAACUUGGUCGAGCUUAUACUUUUAAUUGCCCUCAAGAACGAUCAGAUAUAUAUAGUUCAGGCCUCAAUUCUCGGUUCUAUACUCGUAAACUUGCUCUUGGUCUUGGGCUCAGCCCUACUGGCAAGCAGUGUCACCGACGUAGACUUCGUAUGCAAUACAGCCGAGGCGCAACUUCUAGCAUGUCUUCUUUUUGUCUCUGUCUUUGUCGUGUUGAUGCCUACGGCUUUCGCACGAUCCUUUGACGACACAGGCAGCAACAAGGCAGCGGCUCUCAAGAUGAGCAGAAUUUCAGCACUCUUGGUGUUGCUUAUAUACAUAUUGUACUUCGUUCACGAAAUAAGAUCUCGUUCUGGUAAAGAGAAGGAGAUGGAAUUACGGAGUCAAGACCUCGAGAAUGGUUCAAGCAUCAUUCACCCGGUCAGAUCUGUUGAUCACGGCUCCAGUUCGUUGGCCUCACAACACCUACCAUCUCGCACAAUCCGUUUUGCAGACGAUCACCAGCGAGAGCGAAGAAGUGAUUCGAUUUACAAGCUCGACGAUGUGUCUGAGUUGGAAACCAUUGAACCAACCAAUGACAUAGCUGUGGAACGAGGCCGUUCAAGUGUGGAGACAAACCAUACCAACGUCACUCGACCCAGCUCCUACCAGCCCCUGAUUAAUUCGCGAAGACUCUCCCGUUCUCUCUCAAUCAGCAGUAGUAGAGGACUGCAGAGUCGAGACUCAUCCAUGAGUCGGGAGGGAAGGCGCACCACUGCUGUCCACCUCCUCAGGGAACAUCGCGCCAGCAUGGAUCAAUUGGUGCAUCGCCAACCGCAUGACGAACACUCCGAGACCGACUGGAAAGCUUCCGUCGCCAUGUUGAUAAUCACCUCGGCCCUUAUGUCGAUGUGUGGCGAAUUCCUCGUGAGCACUAUUGACGAUAUCACGCAUGAGGGUGGUUUAUCCGAAUCUCUUAUUGGUCUUGUUAUCCUCCCCAUCGUCGGAAACGUCGCUGAGUAUGUGACCGUCGUAGCCGUGGCUGUUCGGGGUAAUAUCGAUCUUGCUAUUGCUGUCGCAGUCGGUUCAGCGAUUCAAAUAGCACUAUGCAUCUCGCCUUUGACUGUCAUGGCAGGAUGGGCGAUGCAGCGAGACCUGGACCUUACUUUCAACACAUUCGAGAUGGUGACGCUCGCCGGGACGGUCCUCUUGGUCAACCUACUUAUUCUGAAUGAUGGAAGCUCGGGCCUUAAGACGAGCGGUUUGAAGGGCGCUUUGAUGUGUGCUUGUUAUGUUAUUUUUGGGUAA